AUGGUGUCCGGUCAUCCAAAUAACAAUAGCAACACAGAUGCCUAUGCAAAUGUCAUGCAAGGCAAAGUAUUAUUUUAUGGUAGCCAAUUACCGAAACUAAUUUGGAAUCAAAUUAAAAUUCUUAUUGUAUCAAAUAAAGAUGAAUUUGAUAUUGAACGAGAUAUACUACUGACAGAAACUUUACCAAAAUUACAACAAUAUUUUUUAACACAAGGUAUUUAUGUUAAUUUUAUUGAUUGUAAUUUAAAUUGGGAUCUUGACUUAUCUCGAAAUCCAUAUCAUGUUUUACGUUACAUGAAAGAACUUGAUGAUGCUUAUAGAACAUCAACUGGUUUAUUUUUAUUAACAUUUGUUGGAAAUAAAUAUGGUUCUGUUGUUUUACCCACUGAAUUAUCAACAACAGAUUUUAAUAAUAUAAAAAAUGUCGCAUCUGAUUUAAAUAAAGAUGUUAAACUGCUUGAACGAUGGUAUUUGUUAGAUGAUAAACUAUUACCACCAGCUUACAAAUUAAAAGAUCCUGAUGAAGAUUUUUCAAAUAUAUUAUCACGAACAAUAUCAACAUAUGAUAUAAGUGCACGUGAAACUCAAGAAUGGAAUGAUGUAUAUACAAGUUUAGCUGAUUUAUUCAUUAGUGUUCUAAAUGAAAGACCUAAUUUAAAAUCUAAACAUGAUACAUCAUCCUUAUAUGAUAUUCAAUUACUUUCCGGCGUUGAGAUACUAUUCAAUUACGCUGCUAAACUAUCUCCAUCCGGUUGCAUGUGUAUCUUAAGGCAAUUUGAUGGUUUAAAUGAAAAAAGUAAAGGUAAUGAAGCAUAUAUUGAUUUAUUAAAUGGUACUAAUCGUUUGGACAAAAUUCGUCAAGAAAAAUUAAAACGUUUUCGUGAAUCUAUAACACAAAAAUUAUCAAUAAAUGAUGAUGAUAAUAAUUUAAAAAUAGAAGAUAAUCGACUAGUACUUAAUGUAUCAUGGAAAGAAAAUGGAGAAUUUCAAUCAGAUGAUACAGAUUAUCAACGUUAUUUACGUACAUUAAAUGCAGCUAUAUUUUUACGUAUUAAAUCAUUAUGUGAACGUAAUAUUGAUUUAUCAAUAGCAAAUCAUUUGAAAUAUGAUGAAAAAAUUUUAUAUAAUGAAACGCUUGUACAUUUAACACAUUAUUCUAAAUUAUCAUCACAUCCAUGUUUAGGUUUUGAAAAUUUUGUUGAAAAUAAUAAUUCAUUUAAACAAUGGUUAUCAUUAGCUAAUAUAAAUGAACAUCAUCCAUUAAUAAUUAUUGGUAGUCGAGCAUCAGGAAAAACUUUAUUUUGUACAAAAUUAGUCCAUUAUCUAUUGAAUACAUUAGGAAAAAAUGCUCAAUGUAUAAUACGUUAUUUUAAUUUAACAUCAAGAUCACGAAAUAUUACAGAAAUAUUUACUUCAAUAUGUACACAAAUGCAAACAUUACAAAAUGCACCAACAUUUAUCAAUGAUCAACAAUGUAAUUAUAUUGAAUAUUAUCAAACUGUUUUAAAAACUUUAUCAAAUAAUCAAAAAUCAAUUGUUAUUAUGAUUGAUGGUAUCGAAGAAGUAACACCACCAAAUCAAUUUGCAUCAUCAAUUGUUUAUUAUCAAACAUUACUUCAAUUACUUCCUCCUAAAGUUUAUGUGAUAUUAUCUGUUAGUCGAAAUAUUCAUUCAUAUCCUCAUAGUGAUAUUCAAAUACGUGAAAUGAUUGAACGAAUUGAAAAAGAUGAAUGCAUUAUUGAAUCACCAUUUACAAAUGAAACAAUUAAUAUUUCUGAUUUAACUUUAUAUAUUAAAUCUGAAUUAAAUUUAAUAAAACGAAAUGUAACAGAUUCUGUAUUACAAGCUCUUUCAAAAUGUAUAUAUCAACAAAUAGAUAAACAACCACAAAUAUUUUUUCUUCUACGUCUUGUUUUAAAUGAAAGUUAUUUUAGUUAUUUAUCGCAACGUAAAAAAAAAUUAGAUCUGACAGAACUGAAUAUGGAAGAAAUAUUUAAUGCUUAUAUUGAUCAUUGUGAAAGAAAAUUUGGUUCUAAAAUUUGUGCUUGUAUAUUUAAUUAUAUAAGUUCAUCACAAUCAGCUAUUCAUGAACUUGAAUUACUUGAUAUAUUAUCAUGUAAUAAUGAUUUUUUUCUGGAAUAUUUUCAAAAAAAUUUACCAAACCAUUUACGUUUUCCACCAUCAUUAUGGAUUGCUUUUAAAUAUACAUUAGGUCCACUUUUAUCUGUAAGAUAUUUUGAUUUAAAAAUUGUUACUUGUUGGAGUCAUUCAUUUAUUCGACGACUCAUGAAACAAAAAUAUUUAAAAAAAGUCGAAGAUAUUCGUUUUGCACAUCGAGAUAUUUCAAAUUAUUUUCUUGAAGCUUUUAUUGAAUCAAAACCACUAGUUGAUAUGAAUCGAAACGUUCAAAUCAGAGGAGAUAAUGGUCGUCGCUUUAUCCUACAACAGCCACUUCUUUAUUCCGAAACAGCUUAUAAUUAUCGACGAUUAGGUGAAUUAUGGUAUCAAUUAAUGCAUUCUGGUGAUAUUGAUCGGUUGAAAGAAUAUACACUAUGUUGUUUUGAAUAUCUACUAGCAAAAAUUCAUGGUUUAUCUAUUGAACAAUUAUUAUGGGAAAUCGAUAUAAUUUGUAGUAAUAUUCUUGAUGUUGAUGUUCUUAUUGUUCAAACAAUAUUAAAAAAUAUUAUUAAUAUUGUUACACGUGAUCCUGUUUUACUUGCUGGUGAAUUAAUUUUACGUUUAAGAAAUAUAAAAAACCAUUACAAUGAACAUAUUGAAUCAUUAUUUGUUCAAGCACAUAACUGGUGUGAAUCAUGUAAUAUACCAAUAUUUGUUCCAUUAUCAUCAUGGAUAAUACCAAUGCCACCAUUAAUUAUAACUGUAUUACCAUGUGUUGAUGGAGCAUUUAAAAUAAUAUCAACAACAUUUAAUCAGCAUAUUUUUUGUACGACACGUUCAAAUGAAAUAGCUAUGUAUCAUAUACCAUCAAAAAAACUUGUUAAAAAAUUUACUGGUCAUACAUCAUUAAUAACAUCUAUUCAAUUAACACAUAAUAGUAAAUAUUUAGUAUCGUCAUCAACAGAUCAUACUAUCAAAUUAUUUAAUUUGAAUUCUGGUGAAUUAGAAAAUAGUUAUAGAAUUCACCAAGAUGAAUUACUUUGUAUGACAAUUUCACAUAAUAGUGAACAAAUUGUCAUAGGUUCACGUGAUCGAUUAAUUAUUGUAUUUCGUCUUGAAACAGGCGAAAUCGAGCAUUCAACUGAACAACAUACAGAUGCUGUUACUGCUCUUGCACUUACACAAGAUGAUACUUUAUUGAUUUCUGCUUCACGUGAUCAAACAAUUAAACGAUGGACAUUUCGUGGAAUGCAAUUACUUGAUAUAAUUGACACAAUUGGUUCACCAAUAAAACAUAUGAUUAUAUCAACAGAUGAUACAUUUAUAAUAGUUUCAUGUGAGAAUACAACUGUUCAAGUUAAAUCUCUUGUUACUGGAAGUGAUAUACAUAAUUUUGAAGGACAUACAUCAGAAGUAACAAGUCUUUCAGUGUCAAAUGAUUCAAUGUGCUGUUAUGUUGGUUGUCAUAAUGGCUAUAUUUAUGUUUAUAAUUUACGUUCACGUGCACUUAUUCGAUCAUUAAAACAACACGAUUCAGCUGUCAAUGAUCUUUAUAUAUCAACUGAUGAUUGUUUUCUUUUUUCUGCAGCUGAAAAUACAAUACAUGUUUUAAAUGUAAAACAACAAUUUACUAGUUUUUAUUCUAAUGAUUCAUUAUCAUCAACAGAUUAUAUAACAGCAUUAGCAAUAUCACGUGAAGGUGAUGCAGCUAUAGCUGGUUUUGCCACUGGUAGUGUUCGAUUAUUCAAUUUAGUUGAUGGAGAAUUUACUGCACAUAUUAUUGAUCAUCGUGGACCUGUUACACAAGUUGCACUAUCACAUUCAUAUUUAUUUUCAUUGUCAGGUUCGAAAGAUACAACAGUGAAAGUUUAUGAUAAUGAAAUGGGAGAAAUUGUUGCAGAAUUUACUGCUCAUUCAGCACCAAUCUCACAUGUACGUAUAUUAGAAGAUAAUCGAAAGAUUUUAUCAAGUGAUGAACAAAAUUAUAUUAAAACAUGGUGGGCAAAUACAGGAGAAUUAAUUGAUUCAUAUAAUGUACCUUGUAAAAUGCUUGGUGUUUCUCCUGAUGGAAAAUAUGUUGUAUCAGGACAUGGAGAUAAUAUUUUAAAAAUUUGGUCUUUGGAUGAUGCACGUGUUGUUCGUUCAAUAGAUCAUACGGAAGGAAAAAUAACUUGUAUGGCAUUUCGAGCUGAUUCUCAAUAUUUAAUUACUGGUGGAGAAGAUUGUAGUUGUAAACUAUGGGAAUUAUCAUCCGGAAAAUUGACACAAGUUCUUGUUGAACAUGAACAAUCAAUUACAGCUGUUGCAAUUAGCGAAGAUAAAAAACAUGUCCUUACUGGUGACAAAGAUGGUCAAGCUAUUAUUUGGUCAUUUAAAGAUGGUGCUGUUGUACAUAAACUCAAUAGACAUAAAAAUACUAUCGUUUCUGUCUCGUUUACGAUUGAUAGUCACAUUGCUAUAACUGCUUCUCAAGAUGGACUUCUUUCAGCUUGGUCAACAAUGACUGGUAUUCAUUUAGCUGCAUUUCAUUUCAAUCAUAUUCUUGUAAAAUUACUCGUUUCACAAACUGGAGCACGUUAUGCAGCAAUCCUACAAAAUACAUGUUGUGUUGCUAUGUUAAGUCUUUUUAAUAUCCCGUCCAGUGAUGCAUCAAAACUGUCAGAACGUCACAGUCAAAUGUUUUCCGAUCCAUAUAAUGUUUUAUUGCCAAUAAAACCAAAACCUUUAUUAUAUUCAAAAGAUUCAACAUUAUUGUCUGAUUGUCGGCAGAAUUCAAAACAUGAUCAACAUUCUUGUGAUACUGUUUUAGAGUAUACAAUGAAUAUUGAAUAUUUUGAAUAUUAUCAUCUUUAUUCAAUAUCAUCAAAUAUGUCCAAUGAUUCAAUAAUUCAAUUUAAUCUUAAUUUUCAUCGUAUAUAUCCUUGGUUAUUAUUGCCAUUUGGUUUUAUUGGUUCAUUAUUAACAAUACUUGUAUUUACACGAAAAAAAUUUCAAAAAUUUGGUUGUUCAAUAUUAUUUGUUGCUGAAAGUUUUAUGGAUUUGAUAUUGAUUACAUUAAAUUGUAUACGUCUCAUAAUACGUUAUACAUUUCAAUCAUAUUUUUUACAACGUUCAUUAUAUAUAUGUCGAACGUACAAAUUUCUAACUAAUUAUUUUUCUCAUUGUGCUGUAUGGAUAUUAUGUGUUAUAUCACUUGAACGUGCUGCUGUAACCAAGCGUUAUGUUUGGAAUAAAAAUGUUUUUAGUCGUAAACAUUCAUAUUGUACAUUAAUUAUCAUGUAUAUUAUAUUAUUUUUUCUUAAUAUACAUUAUUUAAUAUUUUUUGGUUCAAAACAAGAACGAAAUCAAGAUUUUACAAUUAAUGAAUCUGAAUAUAAAUUAUUAGCUAUGUGUAGUUCAAAUUUAAUUCGAUCAUCAAAAGAAAAAUAUGAACAUUUUUUAAUUUAUUAUUUUUCAUGGAUGGACUUUUUAAUAAAUUCUUUAAUACCAUUUAUUAUUAUUUUAAUUGCAAAUACAAGUGUUAUGCAUUCUGUUUGUAAAUCUCAUAUAUAUAUGAAACAAUUAGGUAUAAGACAAACACGUUCACCACGUGAUACACAAUUAGCAUAUAUUUUAUUUGUUUCAACAUUUCUUUUUUUAUUAUUAACAUUUCCAUUACGAGUUUUUUCUGUUAUUGAACCAUAUUUAAAUUAUGAAAAAAAAUAUUUAAUUUUAUUAGAUGGUAUUAUGAGAUUUUUAUUAUAUCUUGAUCAUGGUUGUGGAUUUUAUUUAUAUACAUUUACAGGAGAAUUAUUUCGUCGUGAAUUAAGAAAACUUUUUUAUGAAUGUUUAUUUAAAGUAUUUCGACAAAGAUAUUUUAAUUGGUCACAUGUUGAAUCAAGACGUCAAAGUGAAUUAAGUUAUUCAAAUGGUGGUGGUGGGGGUUCACAUUUUUUUCAUCAAUUACAACAUACAAAUAUGCUAUUAAGAGAUUCAGUUAGUAGUUGUACAGGUGGUGGAACUGGUACUGGUAUAAAAACGUCAUUACAUUCACUUCAAACACAUAAAAUUUAUCAACAAAUACCUUAUCAUCAAUGUGCUUAUGCAAAAUCUUCUGUGACAAACAGAUUAUCAACAUCAUCAUCACGUUCAAAGCUUAGUCCAUCAAUAGGAAUGAAAAAUUCAUUUAUAUAUGAACAAAAACAUGGUCUUGUUAAACGACAUAGUUCAUCUUGUUUUGAAUCUCAAUAUAAACCAUUAACAAUGCCAUCUACAUCACAAAAUCCAAUACCUACACAUGAUCUUGAUCGAAAGAGCGAUAUUCCGGAUCCAAUGAGUAAAUCACACAGUAAAGAAUUUUUCAAGAGAAGACAACGUGGUCGAACUAAAAAAAAUAGUUUUACUGCUGAUGGUGGAAUAAGUACAAGUGGACCAACAGUAAGCAAUGCACCAAUAGCAAAGCUAUUUCCUCCUCAAACAUCUCAAGGAAGUGCAACUGGUUUACUUGGUAAUGGUGAAGAUCCAGCUGUUGUUGUUAUUAAUCCUCUUCCACCAACUUCAUUAAAUCAAACAAAAGAAAAACGUACAAAAAUUUGUUGUCUAUUGUGA